UCUCCCUUGUUCAUUAUCCGAUGAUGAAAAAAUAGCAAUUUACAAAACCCCCUUCUGUGGUUCUGAGAAAGAACCAAAAAUAUGGUUUCUUCUUCGUCCUCACUGUGGUCCGCAAAUGGCAAUCUUCUUCUCCAACAACAAUCAUGUUCAUCUUUCUCCAACUAUCGACACUCUGCAACACCAACCAGAUGGGGUUUCAGAAAAGAGAUUGAUUUGGGACCUGCGAUUCGUAGAACCAAAGAUGAAGCAUUUCGUGUAGCUAAUCCUAAUGUUACAAUAGCAAGUGGAAGGUCGAGGAAAGAAGUGAUCAUGGUUGAUCCCCGUUGA